CCUCCCUGACGGCUGAGGGGAGGAGUGAGGCGUGGAGGGGGACGCUCUGAGGGGAGGAGGGACAACUUUAGAAGUCUCCAUAGUCUUUUCCUUUCAGGAAACACAUCCUGUUAAUGUUUGACUGCUGUGGCAGCGGCUCUGUUUGUUGCAGCCGACUACGCCCUGAGGCUCACCAAAAACAGCCACAAAAACAGCCAUUUCCUCUUAGCUGGGGGGAAGGGGGGGGGAGGCGGCAGACCUUUUCCUCACAGCAGCCCGUUCUCUGGCCCCUGCCACUUGCAGUCAGAGGUUCAGAGACGGACACAGCAGAGCAAAUUCCUCAGGAUACACCAAACUUUCACAGUUCUUUGGGAUGAAAGCAUUCAUGUGGAGUUCAGCUGCGAUUUGAGAAUGACAUUUGUCAGUGUUCGAGGGAUAUUUUGAAGUUUGCAUCUGGAAAAGGCUUUUGGAGCUCUUUGACUCGGAGAAAUCCGCACUCCGCACAGUUGCUCUUGAGGGCCGAGGCACGCUGCUGGCAAGCAGCCCUCCCUCCCUCACCCCAGCAGCAGUUCAGGCUCUUCUGCUUCAAGACUGGAGUCCUCCUCCAUUUGCCUCACAAGGAAUUUUGUCUCACAAGGAAUGGAAGUCCCUAUCUUCCAGUUCAUCACAGGACUGGCAUUGCUUAUCAAAGUGCAAGAAGGUGGAUAAGCCAAAGCCGGGAAGGACGGAGAAACCUAGAAAAAGCUCCUUUGUGUUCUUUUAUUUUAUGGAAUUCUAUCUACCUCACAUAAUUCUCAUUUGCUUGAUCAGAAACACCUCUGGAGUUGACUUUGAGAAUGAACGGUGAUGUCCUCUAGCCAUUCAUAACAUCAUAUUGAAGCUGCCUCCAUUUCAAGUCCAAUUUCAAUGUGCUGGAGCUGACUGAGACCUUGUGUCUUCUGCAAAUAGAGACUGGCAGUGAGCUGACAGUCAGAUAUGACUGUCCAGAAACUGGUAGCCACAGCUGUGUUGGUAGCCCUGGUCUCACUUAUUCUUAACAACGCAGCUGCCUUUACUCCUAACUGGGUGUACCAGACCCUGGAAGAUGGGCGUAAGCGCAGCGUGGGGCUCUGGAAGAUGUGCUGGCUGGCAGAAAAGAGCAAAGGAGGUGCAAGCACCAGGCAUGGGCAAGGGGAGGAGCGCGAGUGUGAAGCCCUGGGCUGGGGUUCAGAAUCAGCUGGGUUCCAGGAGUCUCGUAGCACUGUCAAACUGCAGUUUGACAUGAUGCGUGCCUGUAACCUCAUUGCUACUGUUGCUCUGACUGCUGGCCAGCUCAUCUUCGUCCUGGGUCUAGUGGAGGUACCCAUCAUAUCACAGGAUACCCAGUGGUGGGAGGAGGCCAUAGCUGCUGUGUUCCAGCUUGCCAGUUUUGUUCUGGUUAUUGGAUUGGUGACUUUCUACCGCAUCGGACCGUACACCAACCUCUCGUGGUCUUGUUACCUGAACAUCGGAGCCUGUCUUUUGGCCACACUGGCAGCUGCCAUCCUCAUAUGGAACAUCCUUCAUAGGCGUGAGGACUGCAUGGCACCACGGGUCAUUGUCAUUAGCCGUACCCUGACGGCUCGGUUUCGCCGUGGCCUGGAAAAUGACUAUGUCGAGUCACCAUGCUGAAAGCAUGGACUUGAAACAGGGAAGAUCUCCAAGGAGAUCUGUAUUGGUGUUUUCUAUAAAUAUAUGCUAUAAUUUAAAAGUAAGGGUUGAAGGACAUCACAAAGCUCACUCUUGUGGGCAGAGGCCCUCAAUUAUUAUUUGGAUGGGCUCCAUCUAUAUACAUAUGUAUAAAACAUAUAAUUUUAUAUAUAUUAUAUUGCCCUCUUCAUCUGCUGUACAGCACAGAAUAUUGGAUUGUCAGAAUCCUGACAGCAUCACAGCUACAUGUCAGCAGGGUUCAGCUGUAGCAGACAGUGUAUGCAAUAAGACAAUAGAAAAGAGGCAACCUAACAUUUUCUGUCUGGAUAAAGUUAUCUUGCUCCCUUAAUGGUAUAAAAAACUAUGGGAGACCCGUGACAAUCAGUCACUUUGAAGUUAACAGGCAACCUGAGAAAGCAGAAAACCCACUGUAGAAUAAGUGACGAUUUUUAACAGCUGUCUAAAUUUCUUGGCUCUUUAUAGUCUUCUAUCCCAUUCACCCACCCUUCUUCAAGGAACUUCUCACCAACUGCAACACCUGCUUUCAAGAUACAGCACAAAGCAAAAACCACAACUCUAACCAUUCUAAUUGUAAAGUAAGGGACUGCAGAAUUAACCUCCAUUUUAUUAGAUACUGCUUUUGUAUCCUAAGAGAGAGGUUUGCGUUUAUCCUAUAGGAGUUGGACUCGAUGAUCCUCAUAGGUCCCUUCCAACUCUGGAUAUUCUAUGACAUUUUUUCUGUAUCUAGAUAGAAAUGCCUUUAAAAAUUAAAAGGGUAUGCAGCUAAAACAGGCCACACGUGGUGCUGAAAAUCUACUUCGGUGUUAUACUGUGGGCAAAUAUCUACAAAAGGUGGCUACCUGGACUCCCUAAUAAUCAUAGAUACUAAUAAUUUACUUUACUGGAAAUUAUUACUAAGAACUGGUAUUUCAGCCCAAAUAAAUUUCUUACCAGCUUGCUUUAACAUUUGACACACCAUUUCUAGACUAGAGUGCUAUGUUAGGAAACCAGCUCUGCCUAACAAUGCUCGGAGAAUCACAGAAUGUUGGGAGACUACCUGCCACUCAAGCACCCAAACUGGAAAAUAAGACAAAUACAGGACUUUGCGAUAAGGUAAAAGACCUGCCUAGUCACUUCAUAUAAUAGCAAAAUGAAAAUAAUUAGCACUUUCAGAAUUAGACAUGUUUAUUAGCCUGACCUUGACAAACCCAAAGGCUCACAAGGCUUGCACAUGCAACUUUCAGGAAGAGAAGCCAACAGCUCAAAAACCAUUCUGCAAAAAUCCUUAAGAUACAGGAACUACAUACAAUGGCUGAUGUUUAAAAGCUGUCUACAGAUGCUCCUCUGAGUACAAUUACCGACAGAUUUGAAGGACUGAGCUGUGAACAUGAGCUGUGAAAGUCACAAAUUGUUUAGGAUUUUUGUGUUGCUCCCAGCUGAGUACACUGCUUCUCUUCUUUACUAUUAUUUCCAUCAUACUUUGCCACACUUAAAAUGUGAUAAUCAAGCUGGCUCUUGAGUUCUGUUCUCAAACUCAGUUCUGAUGCAAUAAGAAACUCAACUCCAAUUGCUACUCUGCAUCACGUUCAAAGUCAGCAACACUCUGCAGAGACUGAUGCUCCGGAACAAUUGUAUUGUUCUAGACUAUCAGUAUAGAAUACAUCAAUGCUGACAAAGAGUUUCUUCUAACAGUAGGUUUGUAAAAACCAACUAAAACUUGUAUUCAUUUGCCUGCAUUACUUUCUGGAAAAGCUCUAUCUUUUCUAGAAACAACAUGCUAUGAUUAAUUGCAGGGUUUUUUAAAAUUAAACUAUUGGAAUAUUUAAAAGACAUUAUAUUAUUUCUUCUAAUAUUGCAAUAUCCGUAUUAUAAUAAUGUACAUUUAAAUUUAAAAAUCAUCUAUGUGGUCAAUAAAUUUGUAAUACUUGGUAUUACUGUGAUUAUUUUAGAUGUAUAAAUAAAGUUGUGAAUGUUCAUUCUCUUCUAGUGAUAAUGUGGGAUUUUUUUCUAGACACAUUAUAAAGUUAUUCAUUCUCCCCAUUUAGUAAAAAAGGAUCGAUAUAGUUUACAAUGUGUUGUAGACAAAGAAUGAGUAUACAGUAAAUGUAUCUAAGAUAAAGAUAUUUCAUC